AAAAUACUUGUUAUUUACGUUUUGCUCGUGUCGGCUCUGUCAGCUGAAUUGUUGCAUAUUUUUAAAACAUUAGGUACUUUUAAAACAUUUUGUGCCCAAAAAAGAAAACUUUGCUGAAUAUGGAUGACGUCGAGAAUGAAAAUGAGUUCAAUCGAAACAAGGGGCGAAGUCCAUCUCCAGGUGUUAAAUCAACAGCGGUUGUAAAAUAUACAGCAUUCCAGACUCCUGCUAGUUAUGCCAGGUUACAGUGCAACACAGAUAUCAACCUCCCUCCAUCCAACUGGGGUGGGAUAGACACUUACGGCUUGAAGCAGAUACUCACAAGAGAUUCGGGACUUUCAAGCUUCAGGAUGGCUCACAUGUUCCCCGACUGUGUCGGAGAGGUGGACGUUAUAUCUGAUGCAGAUUGCAUAAAGAAUCUCCUCAAGCUACCCUACCAACCUAAUGGAACUGUUAGUAUGAUGGUGCAUAGAGUUGAAAAUACUUUGCUAUUGGACGACUUUGAUGUCUACGAAUACCUGAUGAAGUCGGAGUGGUCCUGGUUAAAGGAUUUCUUCUACGAGAAUGUACUGAAGACUAUGUCGGAAAAGGAUCGUAUCUCUCUGACGUCAUCGGCUAGUAGGAGUGCCCUCCAGCUGACUCACAAGUUCCUAUCCCACAGUGUGGUGGCGCCACCUCUGCCAGCCAGCCAGCCCUGCCAGCCGAUAUGUUUACCAGGACCAUUUCUCCCGGAGCCGGAGACUCGUCCGGAAGAACCAGCUAAAGAACAGAGUUUCAAUAGAAACGUGCUCUGGACAUUCGAAGACAUACACAUGUUGAUAGGUAGUAACCUACCAAUUUUCGGCGACAAGGAUAGGCCCUGCGUCAGUUUGCGUUUACGAGACGCGAGGGAACCGAUAAACGUACUCACAGGCAUCGACUACUGGCUGGACAACCUCAUGUGCAACGUCCCGGAGGUUCUGAUGUGCUACCAUUUGGACGGCAUCGUGCAGAAAUACGAGCCCAUGAAGACAGAAGAUUUGCCGCACAUGGAGAACUCCAAGUUCUCGCCAAAGGUUAUAAGGAAUGUCGCACAGAAUAUUCUAUCGUUUUUAAAAUCUAACGCGACUAAGGCCGGUCACACAUACUGGUUAUUCAAAGGCCCCCACGACGAUGUUGUCAAGUUGUACGACCUGACGACUCUUUGCCCCGAUGACAUGGACAAUCCCUUCACGACGCCCGUGGCGAUGCUAUUGUACAGGGUGGCCAGGAACAUGAGGAUGAUGAACAGGUCCAAACAUGUCCGGCAGCUGCUGGAACACGUCGUGGAAUUGCUCGGAAGCGAGAGAUACCCUCAGAUUGUAGCGUCCUCGCAUUAUAUGCUGGCCGAUCUGUAUGUACCCGCCACCACAAACCCGGCACAUCCAGAUUUCAAAGACGAGAGCUCGGACUCCGAAGAGGAAGCUGAGUUUGGUAACUACGCGGAGUGCCCCUCGGCCGACAGGGGCAGACGGACAGACAAGGACGACGAGAUUGUACGAGACGUCACUAAUGACGAUAAGUGCGAGGGAGAUGGAAAUAUAAACAGGGAAGAGUGCGAGCGAGACGGCGAUAGUGCUGGCGAACUCACCCUCCGAGUACGGGGUCUGGCGUUAAGAGACAUCGGCGAUAGGCAGACACACGAUACUACGAAGAAAACUAAGAGAUCCACUACGGGACUGGGCAUCGAACCCGCUACCAGAUGUGGGCGGGCGCUGAAACACGCGCUCACCGGACUCAAGGCUCUACAUCAUCUGACCAUAGAUAAGUCUAUGGAAGAGGAAAGAGAACGUCUGAGACAGCAGAAGAUCAAAGAGGAACAACAUCCGAAAAUGGCCAAUCCUUACGAACCCAUCAGAAUGGGCUACAAGACGUCCAAGCUAAAAGAUAAAGAGCACACCUCGAGGAGCAGGCGUCGGCGGACGAGGCGGAACUCGUCUAACCACAUAGAGACCAACUCGAACGUAGACAAGAACGCCAUUUUAGUGCGGAAAGAGAACACGAUAACCCUGCAAGAACCGAACCGGGACGACAACUUCGCCUGGAAACUACAUCUGAAGACGCUGCUGUAUGAAAAAAUAUGCCUCGCGUACGCCACGCUAGCCGAAUACAGCUACUCACACGAGCAGUACGGCUUCUCCUUGAAGUAUAUAGAUCUGGCCAGCAAAUGCCAGAAGCUGUUGAGCAAUAUGAUCAUCAAGAGUCGCGUGGUGGACGCCAGCUGUCUCAUAGGCAGGGUCGGCGACAACUACUUCCAACUGAGCAAACACUGGCCCAGCUUGGACCAGUACAGCAAACAGUUCGGCAUGGACCACGAGAUCGAUAGGGAGAUAAGAAACGAGAUAGAGAGCGAUAUGGCGGAAGAAAUGGAGGGCUUCGGGGGAGAUGAGUUUGAACUGGACAUCAGAUUGCCGCAGACCGAGCGCUCCGCCAUGUUGUCCGCGUGCGAGUACUACCGCAAGGCGGCGCUGGUGUCGGACAGCGACCUCAAGAGGGACGAGCUGAUGAGGCGCCGGGCUUCAGUGUGCAACGAGCUGGCCGUCCGGUGCAUGAGCGACGCGCAACAGAUAUACAUGUCGUCGUUGGACACUUCGGAUACGUUGCCGGAGGAGUUUCGUCAUCUGUCCAAAAAAGCUGCCGAAUAUUUGGACGAGGCUACUGAAAUAUUCCAACACGUGAACGACGUCCCCAACCUGGCCUUGUUGUACUGCAAUAAGGCCAGAUACAUGAGGUUCAAAGUUCACUGCGACAAAGGAGUUUUCGAUGAUGAGAAGCGUCGGACUUAUAAUUCAGCCGAAGAGCUGUACUCCCAGGCGCUCAGGCUGGUGGGAUCUCGAGAGGCAGCUAUCAAAGACCUGGUAUGCUGGGAAUUGUCCUGCCACCUGUACACUAGGGCUGUACUCUUGCAGGACCAUCCGGAAAUCUAUGCUAGCGAAGUUACAGAAGUAGCGGAGGCUUUCAAGCACGCUCUGAAGCACUGCCUGUUGAGUCCGGGCCCGAGACAGUACUUGUAUCAAUUCAGAGCCGCUAUGAUAUAUCACCGGCUGGGAUCGCUGUACCAUUCACAGUACAGGAAGAGCCAAGACCCCAGCAUCCGCCGGCGCAUGUUAUCCGCGACGUGUUCCCACUAUGAGAAGGCGGCUCUCCAAUUCGCCUCCCUUGAGGACCCCGCCAUGUUCCUCACAGCACGACUCGAGCACAUCGCAGCAUUAGAGGCACACGCCGCAGUGUCGCCGAAUCUGAAGUUGAAGUCGCUUCAAAACGCAAUAGACUUACUUCGUCAGUGUCACUCAAUAAUGAAGCUGUUGAAAGAUAGAGAUCCGGACGAAAAGAAAGAAAAAGAUAAACCCGAAGACGGCGACGAGAAGAGUCUGAAAAACGAACAUAGUUUACUGAGCUUAUACGAGAAUAGGCUUCACUAUAUUUUGAAAAGUAUCAUACAAUACUGCAGAUCGAAGUCCAACAAAGAUUAUGACAAGAUUACAGAGAUGUACAAGAAGCUGUACAGCGCGUCCCUGAAGAUAAGGAGAGACGAGGACGUGAGGCUGUACGCGGCCAGUGUGUGCGACGUGCUCGCGGCCAUGGACAGCAUCAUAAGCGAGUUCCAGUAGUAGGGGUCACGGUGUUGCCACACUCACUGUAAAUAUAGAGAAUCUCCACAUUUCACAGAUUAUUAUUUGUUUUUGUGUAAAAAUAUUAUAAUAAAUCUUUUCAUUGA